AUGGGUCUUACAUUGGACGCUCUCUUCUUGGCCCUGAGCGCCGUCCAUGUUGUCGCCCAGGAUAGCAGCAUGCCUUUGGAGGCCCAUCUCAACACUGUCAGUCUGAAAACGCUAGCACUGAAUGAUACCAACGCUGCAGGGAGCCAUCCCAGUAGCUAUAAGCCUAUCACUCUUGACGACAUCAUCCCACUUGAGGAUGGAGACGGGAACGUCAAAUGUUGUCCUCGGGGAACUUACUUCUCUGGGAACGAAUGUAUCUUCCCUAACAGUGUGGUCUGCCCGGAUGGAACCGUUCUCCAGGGCAACAUCUGUGUAAGCACGCUUCCUCCCACUUGCCCUCCGGGUUUGAAGUUUGACGGGCACAUUUGUAUCUCGACCUCUCCGCCAACCUGCCCUCCUGGCUCGAAUUAUGAUGGCAAAGUCUGUGCCGCAAAUGGAACUCCGGGUUGUCCGCCCGGGUACUCCUACCAUGUCGACAAGUGUGUGCUUGACCAACCGGCGACUUGUUCUCCCGGUUUCAAACUUCAGAAUGGGAAGUGCGUCUCUACCCAGAAGCCUGGCUGCCCAAACAACAUGAGCCUCGAUGGCACGUCUUGCGUCGACACUAACCCACCGACUUGUCCUCCUGGUACCACGCUCGUCAACGGACUCUGCGCCGCCACGGCUCCUCCUAGCUGCCCACCGGGCCUUCAGUACAGCAACAAUGUUUGCACGUCCACUCAGCCUCCCUCUUGCCCCCCUGGCACUAUCUUCGAUGGCGGCGCUUGUCGCUCAGACACUCCCGCUCAGUGUCCCCCCGGAGCAAUUCUGGAUGGCAACACCUGUCGCUCGACCCAGAACCCCAGCUGCCCUCCCGGAUCCACCUUUGACGGCUCAAUGUGUGCCUCACAGCAAACCCCAACUUGCCCUCCCGGUCAGUCGCUGUCCGCGGAUACUCAGACUCAUCACGGACAUUGCUGUAUCACUGGGCUUACUUGGGAUGGCUCGACCUGUGCGCUGGUACCUAGCGAUCCUUCCUCCUGUCCUCCCGGGACAGCCUUUGAUGGUCAAAAAUGUGUCUUCACGCCCACGGUCGAACCCACUUGCCCCGUCGGCACUACAUUGAAGGAUGAUCAAUGUGUGACAUCUGUCAACCCUCUCUGCCCGCCUGGUACUACUUUCAACAGCAAGAACUGUGUCACAUCCGAUCCCCCAGCUUGCUCACCUGGGCUGAUCUUCGAUGGGACAUUCUGCGUUCACUCGUCUCAGCCUACUUGUCCUCCUGGUACCGUUUUGAGCGGAGAUCAUUGUAUAUCGAGCACCCCUCCAACUUGCCCACCAAGUACUGCUCUCACUGGCGGAAUCUGUGCGAGUACCCAACGUCCAAGCUGUCCUCCUGGAUCGACCCUCUCUAAUCGAGUUUGUGUUUUCCCCCACCACCCCAGCUGCCCUCCCGGAUCCACGCUCAACGGUGAAGAUUGCAUUGCCCCUCAGCAACCUUCGUGUCCUAUUGGUACAGUCUUUGACGGUACCUACUGUGUCACCAGCCAGCGCCCAACUUGCUCUACUGGAUUCACAUUCAAUGGCAGCCGUUGUGUGUCGGAGCAGCAACCUAUUUGCCCUACCGGCACUACCUUUGACGGCACACGAUGUGCCUCCAGCCAACGCCCCAGCUGUCCCUCCGGUACCGCCUUUGAUGGUACAUCUUGUACUCACAGCGACCAACCCUCCUGUCCUCAAGGUCUAGUGUUCAACGGGAAGAUCUGUGUCCAUCAAGCACCGCCAACCUGCCCUUCCGGCACCGUCUUUGAUGGUAGCAAGUGUGUCUCAGCCGACAGUCCCAUCUGCCCGCCUGGGUCAACAUUUGAUGGCAAGGACUGUGUGAUCGAGAACCGACCCAGCUGCCCACCAGGUACGCAAUUUAAUGGUGCCAGCUGCGUGAGCACCCAGCCGCCCACUUGCCCUCCGGGGACUCGGUUCGAUGGCCGUCAAUGUGUUGAUCAGAACCCACCGGUCUGUCCUCCUGGCCAGAUUUUGGUCAACAAUACCUGCCAGCGCAAGGAAGACCCGGGCUGCCCACCUGGCACAACGUUCGAUGGCACUCGCUGUACCCUUGCUGUUCAACCCGAGUGCUACAGUCUCGAGGUUUGUCCUCCUAGCAGGGUUCUUGCUCAUGGGCCGUAG